UUAUCCUUCAUCCCUAAUUCCGUGUCAAUAAUGUCUUUUUGACGCGAUUUGCCGAUUAUUUAUCCGAAAUUUUUGCUUUUUUUAAUUAUGGGAGGUUCGCAAAGUACUCGAAAACUGAGUGUAGAUAACGAUAAUGCUAUACAAGUGUCCCAAGAAGCAUUAGAUCGAAUACAAGCUCAAUUAUCCGCAAAACAACCGGAGCCAGCACCCCAACCUACCCCGCAGUAUGCCCCUCCACCCCCAAACUACGAUUCUAGUAGGCGGCAAGAAGCAGCUGCCGAGGAAGCUUACUGGGCUCGUAGAAUCGAAAACUUAAAACGAGCACAUGAAAAAAUUAACAGCGGUAUGAUUGUUGAGUAUCAAAAGACAUUGAAGGAAGCAAAUGAGCUAUUUGAAUUGGUUCAAGCUGAUAAAAUUGCUAACAAACUGCCUCCGUGCCAGGAAGAGAAAGCUAAGGUACUUGAAUGCUACAGUACAAAUCCCGACAAAUCACUCUUGUGUUCAGUGCUCGUAAGUGAAUUUAAUGACUGUGUAUGCAAGAGCAGAAUCGCGGCGGUUACAGCAAGUUCUUGAACAACUGUACAUAUUUAAUAAUUUAUAGAAACAAAUGGAUCCAUGCAAUAAGUACCAUGAUCAGUGUUUAAUGUUUGGGCAACACGCUCUGAGUAGUUAUAUUGCUAUUAUUGAUGUAUGAAUAAACUGUUAAUUUAUA